AUGGAAUCAAUCUCUAUGAUGGGAAGUCCUAAGAACCUAAAUGAAACUUUUCUGCCAAAUGUUGCCAAUGGCAUCAAGGACACCAGUAAGAUUGCAAUAGGCAUCAUUGGAAGUGGAGACUUUGCUAAGUCACUGACAAUUAGACUUAUCAGAUGUGGGUACCACGUGGUCGUAGGAAGCAGAAACCCUAAACUUGCUGCUGAGUUUUUUCCCCAUGUGGUUGACGUCACUCACCAUGAAGAUGCAGUAGCAAAAACAAACAUCAUUUUUGUAGCCAUACACAGAGAACAUUACUCCUCUUUGUGGGACCUCAAACACUUACUUGCUGGAAAAAUUCUGAUCGAUGUCAGCAAUAAUACAAGAGUAGACCAAUAUCCAGACUCCAAUGCAGAGUACUUGGCAUCACUUUUCCCAGAUUCCCUGAUUGUCAAAGGAUUCAAUGUCGUUUCUGCUUGGUCACUGCAGCUAGGACCAAAGGAUGCCAGCAGACAGGUCUAUAUAUGCAGUAACAAUGUUCAGGCUCGCCAUCAAGUCAUUGAGCUUGCCCGUCAGCUCAGUUUUAUUCCUAUUGAUUUGGGGGCAUUGUCAUCUUCAAGGGAGAUUGAAAACUUACCUCUGCGGCUGUUCACACUGUGGAAGGGGCCUGUAGUGAUUGCCAUUAGCCUGGCAACCUUCUUCUUCAUCUAUUCGUUCGUCAGAGAUGUAAUCCAUCCGUACAUGAGAAAUCAGCAGAGUGACUUUUACAAGAUCCCCAUUGAGAUCGUGAACAAGACUCUACCUAUUGUUGCUAUCACUUUACUGUCUCUAGUGUAUUUAUCAGGGCUUAUUGCAGCUGCUUAUCAGCUUUACUAUGGUACUAAGUAUAGGCGAUUUCCACCUUGGCUGGGCAACUGGCUCCAGUGCCGAAAGCAGCUUGGACUGCUCAGUUUUUUCUUCGCAACAGUGCAUGUGGCAUACAGCCUCUGCUUACCUAUGAGGAGAUCGGAGCGAUACUUGUUCCUCAACAUGGCAUAUCAACAGGUUCAUGCAAAUGUUGAAAAUUCUUGGAAUGAGGAAGAAGUGUGGCGAAUUGAAAUGUAUAUCUCCUUUGGAAUAAUGAGUCUUGGAUUGCUCUCCUUGCUGGCAGUAACUUCCAUCCCUUCAGUAAACAGUGCCUUAAACUGGAGGGAGUUCAGUUUUAUUCAG